AUGUACCUGCUCCUAUCAGUGUUAGCUAUUUGCUUACGUUUAUACGCAUCUCAAGAGUGUUCCUCCCCAACGUUCGACUUUAAGUCAUAUUUGAAUCCAGAACUGUUGGAUCUUACAACGCUGCCGGGCAGUGUGAUUGCUCGCUUUCCCGUCGAACACGUACAAUCGGCUACGAUUCAAACGCAAGACAACUACAUCGAAACCAGGAUCAAUGGAACGGAACUGCAGUUUUUCACGACGGAAGCAUUCGCACAGUACGAAGAACGCGAAAUACAACAAAUCGUCAUCAUUCAAGUGUUCUACCAGUGUACGUCCGGAUCAGUAACAGGCCUCUACCGGCAGUACUUUAAGUUGGCCAACAAUCAUGCACCACGCUUUCUGCAGGAAACAUAUGAAGCGGUAGUGCCCUUACCACUGCCCAAACACUUCGAUCUUUCGCCGUUUCUUGGAAAUGGUGUUGGAAUAAUGGCGCGUGAUAUUGAUUUGAUAAACAAUACGGUAACGUUUAGCAUCUCCGCCAACGAUUACAUGCUCAUCGAAAGCAGUGCUGUGAAAGAUGAUCUCAAGCAGUUCAAGGCUAUCCUGCGCCUCAAGGAGCAGGUUCUGAAGAUGCCGAACGUGCUGGAACUCACUGUCACGGCAGUCGAUGCAGGAAUACCUCAAAAGUCGAGCGAAGUUCGUGUUAUCAUUGAACCCGAUCUCUCCAUCGUGUACGAAGAUCCACCGGAGUUUAAAGAAACUUUCAUAAACAGAACUAUCGAACUUGAUCUUCUUCUACAGCUGGAAUUGAUUCCCGGUACUGAGACGCACGAUGUACAGUACGGCGUUGAAGGCGCGGAUGCUAAAUUCUUCACACUAACGGUUUGGGCCAACAACACUGGAGUAGAUAUAAAAGUAAACAAUCUCCACACGCUUCCUGAGGCGAAAACUUUUCUCAAUGUGGUUGUGGUGGCCAAACGUAGUCAACUACAAAAGACAUCUUGCGUAAUACUGCUCAGCAUCCCGCCGGAAAGCAUUCCAGAACCGCCCAAAACUACGGUGCAGAAAGUUUUAAGCGUGUUGCAUUUAAAGGAAAUGUCCGAACAUCGCGACAUAUUUCCGCUUGUGAUAGACAGUUGCACGUACAGCAUACAAUCUCAAACACCUGGUGAUUAUUUCUUCAUUCAAGACACUUCCCUAUCCUCGCGGGAAUUUAAUCGUGAAGAUGCGGAUCUGUUCGCUGGUCUAGACUUUCCUCAGUUUUGGAUUGUUCUUAGGCUCGCCUGUCCAAUUCGAUCAACGAUGGGCGCGGAAUCGUACAACACCUCAAACCGUUUCGGUCCGAUGAGGGACAUCGAGUUUUCCACCGACCUUACCCAUCUCAACAUAGUCGUUGAUGACAUCAAUGAUAACAGUCCGGUAUUCACGUUCCCGUCAAAUAAUGCAAGGGUUGCGUUUCCAUCGCCUCAACUUUCGCGUAAACUUCUUCCCGACCAAUUGCUCACAGUCCGGGCGAGUGAUCUGGAUGAGGGAAUCAAUGCCGUAAUACGUUAUUCACUUGCAAUGAACGAUCACUUCGAUAUUGACCCUCAGACGGGUGUCAUUUUUCCGCUUAAAUCGGCGUUUGCGCUAGGGGAAAGUGUUACGAUCGAGAUAUUCGCAACCGAUCGCGAUGGAGCUGAGGAUGGUAAUACAUCGACAAUGAAACUUCACGUGCAUAAAGCAGCUGACGAUCAACUUGCGGCAUUGACUGUAAAGGAUAUGGAUCCGGACACGUUCCAACGAACACUUCAGGAGAUUAGCGUCAAGACAGGCAUUCAAAUAGAAACGAUUAGAAGCGUGUAUUCUGUUGAUGCAGCAACAAGCAAUCUUUACAGCCGUUCAGCAAGUGAUGCGCGAUAUACAACCACAGCUGUAGUGUAUGCCUUUCAGGACGGUCAACUUGUUUCCCAAGAUGAAUUGAAAGGAGUUUUCGAUUCCCUGGAAACAACCCUCACUGUUACGGUAUCGAAGAUAAGUGAGCUCUACGGUGGGUCAGUGACGAUCAUCGAUUCCGACACAACCGUGAUCUAUCCUUAUAUCAUAGCAACUGCCUUUUGUGGUACACUUGCUGUCGCCAUGGCAGCGGCAGCAUUUUACUAUCGGGCCAAAACACGCCACCCAAUUCUACCAAACGAUUCGUCGGUCUCCCCGUCUCGAUCCUCCGACGUAUCCGAUGCAAUUAUUGUGGAAAACGAUCACAAAAUUUCAUCGAGCACACCUCCAAUUGAGGAUCUUAAAAUAUCCGGAGUCAUAUUAACUGAGUCAGUUGACAAUCCACCCUUGCUGAGUGAUCUGUUGACUAUCGCUGAAGAUACGGAACAUGAGAAUAACAAGGCGGAACCGACACCACCCACUCAACAGGAACGUAAAAAGAGCAUAAAGUUUAAUGAAAAUGUUGAACGAAUUGAAGUGUUUGAUGGUCGAUGA